AUGAAAGGGAUUAAAAUAUUACGGGCAACAAGGAAAUUUUGUGGCGACAGCGCUAUCGGUUAUAUCAAAAUCAAAAGAUAUGGAGAAUCAUGUACGGUAAAAACUCGAGUUACUCCGGAGCAUGAAGUACUUAGUGGUUAUCGUGUGACAAUGGUUAUAAAUGAAAGCAAAGCUUGGUUCAGUCCUGCCAAUGCGAAAAUUGUGCAGCCCCUGAAGGUGGGUGUAAACAUGCUGCCUUAUUGCUAUGGU